AUGGGAACCCUCGCGACUGAGUUCCGUAAUGCCUACAAUAACGGAUCCGGCCCGGGUCUCGCAGCAGUGCUAACUCCAAUUGCGACUCGGGAUGACCCCGAUCGGUUAUUGUCAUUCUACAACUUCUCCAAUCCCGCAUACUUGACCAAAGAUCUCAACUCAUCCUUCUUCCAUGGAAAAAACCCACGAGUCCCCAAAGCCGAACAACAUGCCUGGGUCGAUAUCUUCGCUGCGUAUUGGGAGGCCGUGGGGGAGAUAUUGAAAUGGGAAGCCGGACACCCCGGGGCUAGUGCCGUCGCUAUCUUCACUGCAUGGAAGAAAGUGGCGAAUGCAGUCAUUCGGGGGUACUCCAUUCAAUCUGGCCUUCCUGCGUGGUCUCUGCCUUGCUUGUACACCGUGGGUAAGUACCUGCGCACCUUUGCGAUCAAGGCCGAUCUUCAAAUCGCCUCCCAGGGCUCGUCCGGCCUAGAUUUCCAGGACGAGAUGGCGGUCGAUUUCGAGAAAAAUGCGACCUUGGAGGAUGCUGCUCGGGUCAUUAAUCGAAUGUUCACUCUGUGUUUGAGUGACCGGGCUCCGAUUGAAGAGUCUCGGAAGUGGGGGAUCUACAACACCACCAACUUACUUUUCAAGACAUACUUCAAGAUCAAUUCCGUUGGCCUCACCAAGAACCUCAUUCGGGCCAUCAGGGCUCAAUCAGAUGAUCUACCCCCGCUGGACGCAUUUCCCAAGUCGCACAUAGUAACAUUCGAGUACUAUCUUGGCGUUAUACAUUUCUUGGACGAGAAUUAUGCCGAGGCCGAAGAACAUCUCACUAAUGCCUGGAGGCUAUGCUACCGGCACGCUAACAAGAAUCGAGAAUUGAUCCUCACAUAUCUCAUUCCCUGCCAUCUGGUUACAACACACACCCUUCCCAGCAACCAACUCCUAGCUCCGUUCCCUCGGCUGGAGAAACUUUUCCGACCUCUAUCAAACUGUAUUCGGACUGGUGAUCUGGUCGGAUUCGAUAAAGCUAUGUCUGCCGGCGAGGAGGAAUUUGUGAAGAGACGAAUUUAUCUGCCCCUCGAGCGAGGCCGCGAUAUCGCGCUGCGUAACCUCUUCCGCAAAGGGGGAUUCGAAGAAGCCAAGGAUGGCCAGCCCCCGAUCCGGCGAACCCGUGUUCCAGUCGCCGAGUUUGCGGCUGCUCUACGAAUCGGUACCCAUGCGACGGGCCGAACCCGUGUUGACAUGGACGAGGUGGAGUGUUUAUUGGCCAAUCUCAUAUACAAGGGCCUCAUGAAAGGAUACAUUGCCCGAGAGCGGGGAAUCGUCGUCCUGAGCAAGAAUAAUUCUGCGUUCCCAGGGACCGGCGUAUAA